UUUGCAAACCAAGGACUUUAAACUCUCUCCGUGUUGCAAACAAAUGUAAACUAAGUAAUGUUAUUUAACUGUAAUGUAAAAUAUAAUGUUAUAGAUGCAGAAAUUUUACACCUCAUGUUUCAGACUAAAUUGUUGCGCCCGUGUUUUGAUUUUAAUUCUUCUGUGCAACAGAACUAUAUACAAAUGUUAGGCUACUUAUUUAAUUAUAUUAAUUACAAAUUUGGGGGCCGCUGAAAGAAGGAAUGUAUCAAGUUUCUUAAUGUAUUGAACCCCCCCUUUUUUUAACGAAUUCCGUGCUUCCUAAUACAGUAAUUAUAUUAGAACUGUUACUAUAAAAGCAGCAUUGGAGUCAGUAAAGUAUGAGAGUGGACAGAAACUUUCAUGUUUGAUGAUAUUUUAUAUCUUGAACGAAAUUAUGGCUUUAAAAAUUAUUGGUACUGUGGGACAAUUAAGUUUAUCAUAUGAGGAAUUAAUAUCUUUGAAAACAGAAGUAACUGAACUUGGAAACAGAUUGUAUGAACUAUAUAUAUAUUUCUUUGGUAGUCAUAAAAUUUUUUAUUGCAAAUUUAUUACAGAAGAAUCGCACGUUUCUACUAAAAGUGAUGAGGUAGUUCAUAACAAAACGAUUAAGCAGCUUGUUGGGAAAAAAGAGAUCUCCUCUAAAGUCUGUUUAUGGAAAGUAUUACAUUUACCAUUUGAUCUGUCUGAAAUAGUGCAAUCUGGAAAAUGUUUAUGGGCUAUAAGUUCUGAUAGUUAUGCAGAUGUGAAACCUUAUUUUCAAAAUGUCUUGAAGUUUAACGAAGUCAGUUCAGGAGAGGAUAAUUUGAUGGUCAUUGACUGUAAUGAUGAAUUUGUGAAAGAUAAUUUUGAAUGUUUUAUAAAAAUUCCUGAUGUGGAAAAAUUUGCAAUACAUAAAGAGAGUUUUACUCUGAAAUAUAAUUUAAUAGACAAUAGUGUAAUCUUCUGCUACAAGAAUUUGGAAGUUAAGUCCUGGGACUUGGAACUCUUGGUACCAGUUUAUCAUACUGAUUCAUUAAAAUUAUUAAAAUUUAAGUCUGUGCCUAUUUUAAAAAUACCAUUGCAUUUUAAUGAAGAGCUUUUUUCUGCUGCUGCUGCACAAGAUGCAACAGAGAUACCCAAACCAGUGAUAACUCUUAUAAAUGUUGAUAAUAGCAGCAGUGAAGAAUCUCAGCUUUCUACAAAGAAAUUUUUAUACCAUUUGUUUAGUAUUGACUGUUCAUCAUCAUCUAAUUCUGUUUUUUUAUUUGGUUAUCAGUCUGGCAAAGUUUUAUGGUCUGUAUGUUCAUGGUCUUCUCAUGAACAAAAAUUUAAGACUAUUACUGAAUUACAAAUUUUAUGUGACAUGAAACAGCCUGUCAUAGCUAUUCAUUUCUUUGAGAAAUUAGGAGAGAUAAAAGGUAGUUGCAGUCUGCUACUUGUUGGGGCACUAGGAAAAAUAGUUAUCAUCACUACUGAAAAUGUGUUCAGCAAUUCGCAUGCAUAUGAAGGCCAAGCUUUACAAUAUUGGACUGUAACUUUGUAUUUACAUUCUCCUGUUCAGCACCAUAUAAUACUGAAUGACUGUAUACUUCAUUCUUCAGAAAAAGGACAUUUGUGGGUUACUGUAUUUUCAGAAGAAAGAAAAACUUCAAAAGGUGUGACAGAGAAUAAUUUAAAGAUCAUUUCUAAAGCUGCAGAUUUAUAUGGAAUCAUACAAGUUACUAUAAUAAAUAAGCAUGCAGGUCUCAUUCUUGUAGUAACUGCGGCAGGAAAUUUGUAUUUAGCCCAGUAUAUAAAAUCAGUAAACACUUAUAAUGCUUCUGUAGCCUUACCAUCACUUAUGAAUGAAGGCUUGCAUCAGAGUGCAGUCAUGCAGCAUCUGCUAACAAUUAAGUACCAACAAGGCAAAUUUUUUUCUGCUUUAUGCACAUUUGCAGCACUAAAAUUUAAAAGUAUUCCUAGGGUAAAAUUGAGUUGCUCAAUAACUAAAAUUGAUGUUCAACCCCAAAAAUUUUUCCUGGAAAUAAAUCUCAAAGGUUUUGGAAAACUUAACCUUGAUUCUGAUUUGUGGUUCGUGACGAUAUCAUUAUGUAGCUAUUUUCAGGAUAAUCACACUGUUAUUUCUAAAACUGCUCAAUUGAUUCCAGGGAAAUCAAUUUUGACUGUAGAAGUGUUGAAUUCACAACUUUGUUCAGCAUCUGUAAAUGAAUUUCCUUUAUUUGUUGAAGUGGGCUUGAUUUUAAAUUUACCUUCAGACUGGAGAACGUUAGAAUGUUUCAAACUGUUCACAAAGAUGUUGCCUCUCUAUCUUUGCAUGCAAACAGUCAUAGUUCAUGAGCUGUAUCUAUUAAAAUGGAUUCAAAAGCCACUUGCUACUUAUUCUGAUAGCCAUCAUUCCCACGAACUAUUAAAUAAUGUGUUAGCAAAAAUUCGAGGUCUUUUUAUGAAUAAACCUAUUUCAAAUGUAUUAAAGCCAAACUGUGUGCUUACUGAUAUUCCUCAACAAUUUACUUUCAUUUUAUCAGUCUCUACUAUGCAGGACAUAGCAAAGAAUUCAUUAAAAGGCUGUGAUCUUACACAUUAUGUAUAUCAGCUUUUAUUACAAAAAAGUAAUAUUAAAGAUUUUAAUGAGGAUGCUCAUUUAACUUGUAAAGGUAGUCCAUUAUCAUUUUCUAUUGCACAACAAGGUGAUAUUAUUCAAAUAGCGGUUACUACAAAAUGUGUGGAUGUACUUUUGGGAUCAAGAAUAGCCAUUAUGGAAACACUUUUGACACACCAGAAUUUAUCUGGCAUUCCAGCUUCCAAAUUCAUAAGCAUAUCAGCUAGUCUUCACAGAAAAUGUGAGGAAUUAUCAAAAAUAAUCACAAGCAUAUAUGGUAAUGAUGUGGAGCCUGCUCAAUUCACAAUGAAAAUUCUGAAAUUAUAUCAAACAUUAAGAAAAGAGUUAUCUGAAAAAUUACAACUGCUAUAAUUUGCAAAUUUUAAUGUCGCUAUUUGCAGACAUAAAGAACAAAAAUGUAAAUAUAUAUAGAUAUUGUAUAAAAUGUAAUUUUUAUAAUUUAAUGAUCAGUGUGUGAAUAAAUACUU